AUGGAGCUAUCAUUAUUUAAUUCAUCCAAAUACCCUCAAUAUAUAAUGACAGAAACUGAGGAACCUAAUAAUAUGAACGAUGAAAUCAUUAAUAAUGAUAAUAAUGAUAAUAAUAAUAAUGCUGACAACAAUGAUGGCAGUAAUGAAAACUCUAAUAUAGAAAUCAAGGAUAAUGAAAAUACUAAUAAAUAA